GGGAGGAGGGGAAUCUCCCGCCAUUUUUCAAUAAUUUCCUCCGGUGCAGCUGAGGAGGAGUCGUGACUGCCGAACGCGGGGACCCGUAGCGAAGGUUGGGCCGGAGGCUGCCGGGCGGCGCAGCGGUGUGCGUGGGAGUUCCGUGUCCCUGCGUCCCGUUGCAUGGCCCUCGCGCGGCCGCGCCAGCACUGAGGGAGCCGAGUUCGCGCCGCCCUCUCACCCCUCCCCUCCCCCACCCCACCCCCGUGAGCCAGGCGCUCGCUCCGGGCCGCGGGGCCUAGUGUUGCGCCGCGGGCUCGCCGAGGAGCCGUCGCCUUCUGGGCCGCCGCCGCCGCGAUGGCGCCGCUCCUGGGCCGCAAGCCCUUCCCGCUGGUGAAGCCGCUUCCCGGCGAGGAGCCGCUCUUCACCAUCGCGCACACUCAGGAGGCCUUCCGCACCCGGGAAGAGUACGAGGCCCGCUUGGAAAGGUACAGUGAGCGCAUUUGGACCUGUAAGAGUACUGGAAGCAGUCAGCUAACACACAAGGAGGCCUGGGAGGAGGAACAGGAAGUUGCUGAACUUUUGAAGGAGGAGUUCCCUGCCUGGUACGAGAAACUUGUUCUGGAAAUGGUUCACCAUAACACAGCCUCUUUAGAGAAGUUAGUAGAUACUGCUUGGUUGGAGAUCAUGACCAAAUACGCUGUGGGAGAAGAGUGUGAUUUUGAGGUCGGGAAGGAAAAAAUGCUCAAGGUGAGGAUUGUGAAAAUUCAUCCUUUGGAGAAAGUGGAUGAAGAAGCCAAUGAGAAGAAAUCGGAUGGUGCCUGUGAUUCUCCCUCAAGUGACAAAGAGAAUUCUAGCCAAAUUGCUCAGGAUCAUCAGAAGAAGGAGUCAGUUAUAAAAGAGGAUGAAGGAAGGAGAGAGAGUAUUAAUGACAGAGCACGUAGAUCUCCACGAAAACUCCCUACUUCAUUAAAAAAAGGAGAAAGGAAAUGGGCUCCACCAAAAUUUCUGCCUCACAAAUAUGAUGUGAAAUUACAAAAUGAAGAUAAGAUCAUCAGUAAUGUGCCAGCAGACAGCUUGAUUCGUACAGAACGCCCACCAAAUAAGGAGAUACUUCGAUACUUUAUACGGCAUAAUGCAUUACGGGCUGGUACUGGUGAAAAUGCACCAUGGGUGGUAGAAGACGAAUUGGUGAAGAAAUAUUCCCUGCCUAGCAAGUUUAGUGACUUUUUACUUGAUCCAUACAAGUACAUGACUCUCAACCCUUCUACUAAGAGGAAGAAUACUGGAUCCCCAGAUAGGAAGCCCUCAAAAAAAUCCAAGACAGACAACUCUUCUCUGAGUUCACCACUAAACCCCAAGUUAUGGUGUCACGUACACUUGAAGAAAUCCUUGAAUGGCUCACCACUCAAAGUGAAGAACUCAAAGAAUUCCAAAUCUCCAGAAGAACAUCUGGAAGAAGUGAUGAAGAUAAUGUCACCCAACAAGCUACAUGCCAACUUUCACAUUCCUAAGAAAGGCCCACCUGCCAAGAAAUCAGGGAAGCACAGUGACAAACCUUUGAAAGUGAAGGGCAGAAGCAAAGGCAUCCUUAAUGGACAGAAAUCCACAGGUAAUUCCAAAUCUCCCAAAAAGGGCUUGAAGACUCCUAAAACCAAAAUGAAGCAGAUGACUUUGUUGGAUAUGGCCAAAGGCACGCAGAAGAUGACACGAGCCCCACGGAAUUCUGGGGGUACACCCAGGUCCUCUAGUAAACCCCAUAAACAUCUGCCUCCUGCCGCCCUACACCUUAUUGCCUACUACAAAGAAAACAAAGACAGGGAGGACAAGAAGAGUGCCCUGUCCUGUGUUAUCUCCAAAACAGCUCGUCUGCUCUCCAGUGAAGAUAGAGCUCGUCUCCCAGAAGAGCUGCGAAGUAUUGUUCAAAAACGCUUUGAGCUUCUAGAGCACAAAAAGCGGUGGGCCUCUAUGUCUGAAGAGCAACGCAAAGAAUAUUUGAAAAAGAAACGAGAGGAGCUGAAAGAAAAGUUGAAGGAGAAAGCCAAGGAGAGGAGAGAGAAAGAAAUGCUUGAGAAACUAGAAAAGCAGAAGAGGUACGAGGACCAAGAGUUAACUGGCAAAAGCCUUCCGGCGUUUAGGUUGGUGGAUACCCCCGAAGGGCUGCCCAACACACUCUUUGGGGACGUGGCCAUGGUGGUGGAGUUCUUGAGCUGUUACUCUGGGCUACUCUUACCAGAUGCUCAGUACCCUAUUACUGCUGUGUCCCUCAUGGAAGCCUUGAGUGCAGAAAAAGGUGGCUUUUUAUACCUGAAUAGAGUAUUGGUCAUCCUCUUGCAGACCUUAUUACAAGAUGAAAUAGCAGAGGACUAUGGUGAAUUGGGAAUGAAGCUGUCAGAAAUCCCUCUGACCCUACAUUCUGUCUCAGAGCUGGUGCGGCUCUGCUUGCGCAAAUCUGAUGUUCAGGAAGAAAGUGAGGGCUCAGACACGGAUGACAAUAAAGAUUCAGCACCAUUUGAGGAUAAUGAAGUACAAGAUGAGUUCCUAGAGAAGCUGGAGACCUCAGAGUUUUUUGAACUGACGUCAGAAGAGAAGCUCCAGAUCUUGACGGCCCUCUGCCACCGCAUCCUCAUGACGUACUCGGUGCAGGACCACAUGGAAACCAGACAGCAGAUGUCUGCAGAGCUGUGGAAAGAACGGCUUGCUGUGCUGAAGGAAGAGAAUGAUAAAAAGAGAGCAGAGAAACAGAAAAGGAAAGAAAUGGAAGCCAAAAACAAGGAAAAUGGAAAAGAGGAGAAUGGGCUGGGCAAACCUGAUAGGAAAAAAGAGAUUGUGAAGUUUGAGCCCCAAGUAGAUGUGGGAGCUGAAGACAUGAUUAGCGCAGUGAAGAGCAGGCGGCUGCUUGCCAUCCAGGCCAAGAAGGAGCGGGAGAUCCAGGAGAGAGAAAUGAAAGUGAAACUGGAACGUGAAGCUGAAGAAGAAAGAAUACGAAAGCACAAAGCAGCUGCCGAGAAGGCUUUCCAGGAAGGAAUUGCCAAGGCAAAGCUGGUCAUGCGCAGGACUCCUAUUGGUACAGAUCGAAACCAUAACAGAUACUGGCUCUUCUCAGAUGAGGUUCCAGGAUUGUUCAUCGAAAAAGGCUGGGUACACGACAGCAUCGACUACCGAUUCAAUCACCGCAAAGACCGUGCGGACCUUUCCGAUGAGGAUUACUGUCCCCGAAGUAAGAAAGCAAACCUAGGCAAAAAUGUAAGCAUGAACACACAACCUGGCCCAGCAACAGAAAUUGCUGUGGAGACCACCGUACCCAAACAAGGACAGAAUCUAUGGUUUUUAUGUGAUAGUCAGAAGGAACUGGAUGAGUUGUUAAACUGCCUUCACCCUCAGGGAAUAAGAGAAAGUCAGCUCAAAGAGAGACUGGAGAAGAGGUACCAGGACAUUAUCCAUUCUAUUCAUCUGGCCCGGAAGCCAAAUUUGGGUCUAAAAUCCUGUGAUGGCAACCAGGAGCUUUUAAACUUUCUUCGAAGUGAUCUCAUUGAAGUUGCAACAAGGUUACAAAAGGGGGGACUUGGUUAUGUGGAAGAAACCUCAGAAUUUGAAGCAAGGGUGAUCUCAUUAGAGAAACUGAAGGAUUUUGGUGAGUGUGUGAUUGCCCUACAAGCCAGUGUCAUAAAGAAGUUUCUCCAAGGCUUCAUGGCUCCCAAGCAAAAGAGAAGAAAACUCCAAAGCGAAGAUUCAGCAAAGACGGAAGAGGUGGAUGAAGAGAAGAAAAUGGCAGAGGAAGCAAAGGUUGCGUCUGCUCUGGAGAAAUGGAAGACAGCAAUCCGUGAAGCUCAGACUUUUUCCAGAAUGCAUGUUCUACUUGGGAUGCUUGAUGCCUGUAUCAAGUGGGAUAUGUCAGCAGAAAAUGCUAGAUGCAAAGUUUGUCGAAAGAAAGGUGAGGAUGACAAACUGAUCUUAUGUGAUGAAUGUAACAAAGCCUUCCACCUGUUCUGUCUGAGGCCAGCCCUCUAUGAGGUGCCAGAUGGUGAGUGGCAGUGCCCUGCUUGCCAGCCUGCUACUGCCAGGCGCAACUCCCGUGGCAGGAAUUACACUGAAGAGUCUGCCUCUGAGGACAGUGAAGAUGAUGAGAGCAAUGAAGAGGUGGAGGAGGAGGAGGAAGAGGAGGAAGAAGAAGAUUAUGAGGUGGCUGGUUUGCGAUUGAGACCUCGGAAGACUGUCCGGGGCAAGCACGGUGUCAUCCCUCCUGCAGCAAGGCCGGGACGACGGCCAGGGAAGAAGCCUCAUCCUGCUAGGAAGUCUCGGCCGAAGGCACCACCUGUGGACGAUGCGGAGGUGGAAGAGCUAGUACUCCAGACCAAGCGGAGCUCCCGGAGGCAAAGCCUAGAGUUGCAGAAGUGUGAAGAGGUCCUUCACAAGAUAGUCAAGUACCGCUUCAGCUGGCCUUUCAGGGAGCCGGUGACCAGAGAUGAGGCUGAGGAUUACUAUGACGUCAUCACCCACCCUAUGGACUUCCAGACAAUGCAGAACAAAUGUUCCUGUGGGAGCUACCGCUCUGUGCAGGAGUUUCUUACUGACAUGAAGCAAGUGUUUACCAAUGCUGAGCUUUACAACUGCCGGGGCAGCCAUGUGCUAAACUGUAUGGUGAAGACAGAACAGUGUCUGGUGGCUCUGUUGCAUAAACAUCUUCCUGGCCACCCCUAUGUCCGCAGGAAACGCAAGAAGUUUCCCGAUCGGCUUGCUGAAGAUGAAGGGGACAGUGAGUCAGAGCCUGUUGGACAGUCCAGGGGACGAAGGCAGAAGAAAUAGACAGGGCCUGGGUGACGCUGUCAGUGAGUGCCACACCGCGUUCUGUAUUCACCAGCAUCAUGAGACACUUGUGCUCUUUUGAGUUGCUCUUGGCAAAGUAAAGGGACAUGUCCCAGAGCCAUUCCUGAAUCUAACCCCUUCCCAUCCUUGUGACUGCGCUCUCCCUGCUCCCACCGCACCCCACCUCAUCCCCUCAGAGAAAAAAAAAAACACUUAAAAAAACUAAAAAAAAAAACCCUACAAAAACCCUAAGGCACUUCACUUAGAGACUGGAGUCCUGCUUAUAAUCAUGCGUAUAACCUUAACUUCGAUGGGUCUGGCCAGAGGGGUGUUGGAGCCCAGCCCACCCGCACACCAGACAAGCUCUUAGGGGAGCAGAAGAAAAGCAGGAAGAAUUUAAAUGUUUAAUUUUUUUUUUAAAUUGACUUUUCUAGUUACUAAAAGUUGCUUGUUUCAGCAGUGAUAUUGUAUAAAGAACAUCUUGUAAAAUAUUUCUGUCAUCUUGCUUUGGCACAUGUACAGUACAGUUUAUAUGAUAACGUGUUCGCUUUACUUUGCCCCUGUCCUCCCUCAGCCCAUCCUCUCCUUCAGAGAAGCCGGGUUGGAGGGUCAUCAGGGCAGGUGGUGGGACCUUGGUGGGGAAAGGGAUGUCCCUCUGCCUGCUCUGGCCGCUGAUUCUGCCUCCUCCGUCUCCAGCCACCUCCUCCUCCCCCGCCAUGUCCCCAUGAAGCUGGAUGAAUCUUGCUGGUCCACCAGCUGCGUGGGGGGUGGGGAGGGGAGGCGGCUCUGCCGGCCCCUUCCGCAAGGAGUCUGGCGCUAAUAGCUCUGAUUAGGCAGAACUUCGUAGUCUUCUUUCCCUUUUAUGGCAGAUUUUGAUAAAAAUGCAAAACAGGGUUUAAUUUUCUUUUCUACCAGCUUUGAAUUUAGCAAAUGCGAGCACCUCAGCUCUUCUGUAACUAUUUAAGUUAAGGGAAAACGUGUCCACCAAGGGGAUUGCAGCUCCUAGAACUUGAGAAUAAAACCUCUUAAUACUGAAUUUCAAGGUGUGUUCCUGUCUCGCCCCGCCUGCCCUGCCCAGAGACUGGGGAUCUGCUCCUGUGGCUGCUGGGUAGGUUUACUGUCCCAUCUCCCACAGGCUCGGAGUUAGCACUGGCGCUACAGUUCCGUGGUCCCGGCCACCAACACGUCCCCCUGCCUCUCACCCUAGAGCCAGUCUGUUCUUGUUAACAGUGAGAAUCCUGUGUUCCCACUUCAGUGACACCUGAAUUGUUGGUUGUUGUUUUUUUUUUUUUUUAAUUGUCUUUAAGGAGGAAGGGCCCCGUUAAAGGGUAACUUGUGAUAAAUUGGAAUUUCAAAUAAACAUUAUGUACUUGUGUUUAUAAA